AUGGCGGCGGCACACGGAGUCGGAAUAGAUGAGGGAGAGGAACUCGGCGAUGAUGGCAAAGGGCAAAGUAAUCGAGAGAGAGAGAACAAAGAGGAAAGAGAGAUACCGAGAGAGAAGAGAAGAAACAAGGAAAUUAAUCAAACUUCAUAUAUCAAUAUCAUAGUUCAUAUGGAUCCUGACUUUGAGAUAUUUGACUCUUCGUCAUCUGAGGAGGAGGAGGAGAUAAUUUUAGCUCUUGCUAUUGAAGAAGAACGCUUGGGUAAUGAAAGAGGCUCAACAUCGCAUCGUAGGUCUAUUCCCCGACGUGCAUUCAUUCGAAGAAAUUCGCUUGAAGGCCAUCAACGCCUCUUUCAAGAUUAUUUUUCUGAGUCCCCGACGUAUCCACUAAAUUUAUUCCACAGGAGGUUUCGAAUGCAACGUCAUCUUUUCUUGCGUAUUCAAGCCAAAGUUGAAGCAUAUGAACCAUAUUUUGUCCAAAGAAGAGAUGCUGCUAAAAGACUGGGUCAUUCCUCGCUUCAAAAAAUAACUGCUGCAAUGAGAAUAUUAGCUUAUGGAGUCUCUGGAGAUUUUGUAGAUGAAUACUUGCGGAUUGCAGAAAAUACAGCAACCAAGUGUUUGAAAAAAUUCGUUAAGGCUAUCAUAGGCAUAUUCUCCCAUGAAUACUUAAGAUCCCCAAAUGAGAACGAUAUAGCUAGAUUGUGCGCAGUUGGAGAUAGUCGCGGGUUUCCUGGGAUGUUAGGAAGUAUUGAUUGCAUGCAUUGGAAAUGGAAAAAUUGUCCAAGUGCUUGGAAAGGAAUGUAUUGUGGUCAUAUUCACGAGCCAACUAUAAUUUUAGAAGCUGUAGCGUCAUAUGACCUCUGGAUAUGGCAUGCAUUUUUUGGAUUGCCAGGCUCCCAUAAUGAUAUUAAUGUUCUAGAACACUCUUCUGUUUUUAGAGAGCUUGCUGAAGGACAUGCUCCAAAGGUCAACUACUCAAUAAAUGGAAAUGACUAUUCGAUGGGCUACUAUCUUGCCGAUGGUAUAUAUCCUUCAUGGUCUACGUUUGUCAAAACAAUUCAUGCUCCACAUGGCCGUAAAAAUAAACAUUUUGCAGCAACUCAAGAAUCAGCAAGAAAAGAUGUAGAACGAGCUUUUUGA